AAUUCAUCAAAGAAGGGUACACACCAUCUGUUCUUUCUUCUAGAUCCAUUCCAUGGCGAUCUGUGCGACCACCAACAAAAGAAGGCUCCAUUGAUCGUGUCAUAUUACCGCGUCCAUCUUAAGAGGUCGACAUUGAGUAAGUUCCCUGCUACUUCCAAAGAUGGAUCAUCCAGGAAAUAUAGUAACCCAACUUAUCCAGGAAGAGCAUAGAUCUAAAUGGGUUGCACGUAGCAAUCAUAAUGUGACAUGUUUUACAGAAGCUGAGAUAAGGAGAUUUACCAACAACUACGAAACUAUGCUUGGUAGAGGUGGCUUUGGAGAAGUUUAUGAAGGAGUCCUUGAGGACAAAAGUAUGGUUGCAGUCAAAAAGUUUAUCUACAAUGUAAAAGAAAAUUUUGCCAAAGAGUUGAUCGUCCACCGUGAAAUCAAUCACAAGAAUGUAGUCAGAUUAGUUGGCUACUGUGUAGAUGAAAAUGCCCUAAUGGUGGUCACGGAGUAUAUUCCUAAAGGAAAUCUCAGUAACAUACUUCACCAUGAUAAUAUUCCCAUCGCUUUGGAUACACGGUUAAGAAUUGCCAUUGAAUGUGCCGAAGCAUUGGGCUAUAUGCAUUCACAAAUGUAUACCCAGGUCAUUCAUGGUGAUAUCAAGCCUGCUAAUAUACUUCUGGAUGAUGGACUCAGUGCAAAAAUAUCAGACUUUGGAAUAUCUAGACUAGUCAACACUGAAAAUACUCUAUAUACUCUAAAUGUGAUAGGAAGUAUAGGCUACAUGGACCCUCUGUUUGCUCAGAGUGGCCGCCUCACAGCGAAGAGUGAUGUUUAUAGUUUUGGAGUUGUGCUCCUGGAACUGAUAACCAGAAAAAAAGCAAGAACAGAGGACGGGAAGAUUGGCUUGGUUGAAAGUUUUAGUCAAUCUCUUUCAAAAGGGAUUAGGAGGGUGAGGGAGAUGUUUGAUCCUGAAAUUGUGACAUCGAGCGACAUGAAGACUAUUGAAGAGAUUGCUAAGUUGGCAGGUAAAUGCUUGAAGAUGGAACUUACCAAACGCCCUGAGAUGUUAGAAGUUGCAGAACGUCUUCGCAAACUUAAAAAAGCUCCACGUCAGGUACAAGAGAGACUAGCUCUAUUUUCUUGGAUAAGGAAAAAUAAACAAGAUCCAGCUGAAACACCAUCGCUCGAAAGCAGUAGCCGUAGUCAGAACAUGAGAAUUGUGGCUCCAGUGAAAAUGACACCAUCACAAGAAAGCAAUGAUAUUAACCCCACAGCGGCACUUUUACAGAAAAGCAGUAGCCAAAAUGUUGGAACUUUUAUCGUUAGUUCGACGCUGACAGGCCAAUCAUUUGAGCUGGAGGACCUGCUUCAGGCAUCGGCUGAAGUUCUGGGCAAGGGUACAGUCGGAACAACAUACAAAGCGACGCUUGAUAGUGGAUAUGAGCUGAUGGUCAAGAGGCUGAAGGAUGUGGUCUUGCCGAAGGCGGAGUUUGAGCAGCACGUCACGCAGAUUGGCGCCAUCCAGAACAAGCACGUUGUGCCACUGCGGUGGUAUUACUAUAACAAGGAUGAGAAGAUGGUAGUGUAUGAUGUCAUCCUCAUGGGUAGCCUAGCAAAAGUGCUCUAUGGUGACCAAGGUUCUAGCCCAGCUCCACUGGACUGGGAGCAGCGGUCGGCCAUCUCACUUGCUGCUGCGCGUGGUGUGGAGUAUAUCCAUUUAGCUGGACCAUCAAGCUGUCAUGGCAACAUCAAGUCUUCCAACAUCCUGCUCACCGGCACCCACGAUGCAUGUGUGUCGGAGCAUGGCCUCAUAGCACUUGGCAUGUCUUCUAGUGUCUCCGGCUACCGCGCGCCUGAGCUCAUCAACAAUAGGCGGGUCUCUCAGAAAGCCGACGUGUACAGCUUCGGCAUCCUACUACUGGAGCUUCUCACCCGCAAGGCUCCAACAAAUAGCAGAAAGGAUCAGGAGGGAGUUGAUUUGCCACGGUGGGUGUGUUCCGUUGUACGCGAGGAGUGGAUGGCGGAGGUGUUCGAUGUGGAGCUCAUCGGGGGAGAUCAGAAGGAUGGGGAAGAGGAGUGCAUGGUGCGACUUCUGCAGCUGGCCAUAAACUGUUGCAGUCAAGAUGCCAACUCGCGGCCUACAAUGCCUAAAGUUGUGCAACAGAUCGAAGAGAUCGGAAGAGAAAGUAAACUAGCUCCAGCCAAAGCACCAUCUCUGGAAAGCAGUAGCAGUAGCCAAAACGUGAGAAUUGUAGCUCCAGCUGAAAAGACGCCAUCACAAGAAAGGAGUGGCAGUACCCCAAAAACGGGAAUUGUGGCUCCAGCCAAAGCGCUAUCGCAUUUAAGCAUGUCUUCACAAGAAAGCAGUGGCAGUACCCCAAAAACAGGAAUUGUGGCUCCAGCCAAAGCGCUGUCACAUUUAAGUAUACAAAAUGUGGGAACUUCUAUCAUUGGGUCGGCAAUGACAGGUCAAUUGUUCGACCUGAAAGACCUGAUUGGGGCAUCGACUGAAGUUCUGGGCAAGGGUACAGUCGGGACAACAUACAGAGCAACACUUGAUAGUGGAUAUGAGCUGGUGGUCAAGAGGUUGAAAGAUGUGGACUUGGGGGAGGCGAUCUUUGGGCGGCUUGUCAUGCUGUUUGGCACCAUCCAGAACAAACACGUAGCACCACUGCUGUGGUAUUACUGCAGCAAGGAUGAGAAGCUGCUCGUAUAUAAUAUCAUCCCCAUGGGUAGCCUAGCAAAAGCACUCCACGGUGACCGAUUUUGUGGCCCAGCUCCAUUGGACUGGGAGCAGCGGUCAGCCAUCUCACUUGCUGCUGCGCGCGGUGUGGCGGCUAUCCACUUAGCUGGACCAACGAGCUGCCAUGGCAACAUCAAGUCUUCCAACAUCCUGCUCACCGGUACCCACGACGCAUGUGUGUCGGAGCAUGGCCUGAUAACACUUGGCAUGUAUUCCAAUGCCCCCGGCUACCGUGCACCUGAGGUCACCCGCAAUAGGUGGGUCUCCCAGGAAUCUGACGUGUACAGCUUCGGCAUCCUACUGCUGGAGCUUCUCACCCGCAAGUCUCCACUGGAGAAGAGAUUUCAGGAUGACGGGGGAGUAGAUUUGCCACGGUGGGUGUGUUCCAUUACACCUGAGGAGUGGAGGGCAGAGGUAUUCGACGUGGAGCUCCUAGCACGGGGGCAGAAGGACGGGAAAGAGGAGUGCAUGGUGCGACUUAUGCAGCUCGGGCUAAAGUGUUGCAGUCAAGAUGCUGACUCGAGGCCUACAAUGUCUGAUGUCGUGCAGCGGAUUGAGGAGACCGGACAGUCCUAAUUGCUGACAAAGAACCUCACACAUCAUAGUGAGUGAAAGUUGCUGGGUCACAGUUGCAUUCAAAUGUCAUAUAUUUUCAGUACCACCUUUCAACUGGUUAUCCCAGAGAACGAUAAAUAAAUUUUGACGAUAAAGUUAUCUCAGAGAACUACUAUCCUUAAAAAGACUCUUUUUCACUGCAAGU